ACCUUAUUGGGAUUCUCACUGUUUCUGAAUUCCAAGAUCUGCAACACUCACUACAAAACCUGAAAUUUUACAUUUUUAUACAACAAAUCUCUUCCUUCUUUCUCUCACACCAACUCAUACAUUCACUCUCUCUUUCUCUCUCUUCAUCCACCCACCUUUUUGUUCCCUUUUCUUCUCCUCCCCCCAUUGGAGGAUACUCAACAUACCUUCUUUCUUCACAAUAAAGUUUGUGUGAGAAAAUACUUUCAGAUAGCAACUUAAAGUUUGAAUUUUUUUUAAAAAAAUUGUGGGUAUUUUAUUGGGUUGUGGGUAUUUUUUAAAAUUUGUGGGUAUUUUCUGGGUGUUAAUUGAUAAACUACAAGCCAUAAGAAUCCCCAAUUAGGGAUUCUAUUACCAGAAGUUCUUCUUUUUGCCCCCUUUUUCUAAAGGUGUAGUUUUCACGCAAUGUGAUUAUGUGACAACAUAAAGUAAGGUUCUUUUUUGGUGUUGUACUUUCCAAAUUUGUUGAGUGAAGGUUGAGAUGGCAGCUGAGUCUAAUACCAGUUUUCACCAGGAAGAUUCUCUGAGCUCCGGUUUGCACCGGCAUGCUAUAUCGUUUCAGUCGGGGGCUGUGAAUAGCAUGUCUGAGAUGAUCCCGAUUGGUAAUUAUUAUGGGAUGAAUGGUGGUAGUGGGAAUCUAAUGUUUUGUGAUAAUUCUAGCAUCAUUGGUAGUAGCAGUCCUAGCACAACACAAGGUGGGAAUUCAUCUGGUUCCCUGCUUUUGGAUUCGGUUCCUGGGUUGAAACAUGACGCGGGUCUUGCUGUGGAAUGGACCGAGGAAGAACAGUUCAAAUUGGAGGAAGCACUUAUCAAGUAUAAGGAUGAACCUAGUAUCAUGAAGUAUAUCAAGAUUGCCGCUCUUUUGCGGGACAAAACUGUACGUGAUGUUGCUCUUAGAUGUCGGUGGAUGACGAGGAAGCGGAGAAAACAAGAGGAAUGUCACUUGGGAAGGAAGGGAAAUUACAGAAAGGAUAAGUUUGUGGAAUCUUCUUCAAAGACUAAUAUGCCUUCGGCUUCAAUACCUAGCAUGAACAUGACACCAUAUUCUCAUCAAUCGAACCAAAUGGACCAGAACCAGCGUGUUAAAUGCCAAGUGUUGACUAGCAAAGCAAAGCAGCUUUUAGAGCAGAAUGUCCAAGCCUUUAAUCUUAUUAAUAGUAACCUUUCAUUGCUAAAGUUGCAGAAUAACAUCGACCUCUUUCGUCAUGCAAGAGAGAACAUUAAUAAUGUUCAUGCCAUCAUAAAUGACAUGAGAGAGCUUUCCGAAAAACUUGGCCAGAUGCAAGAGCUUCCAAUAUCCAUUGAUCAAAACCUUGUAGAUAUUGUUUUGCCACGUACAAAUUCGAUAACGACGCAUAAUGAAUUGCAACCUAAGCUGGAAUCAAGAUGUUGAUACAGGGCUAUCAUCAUCAAGAGUGAACUACGACUACAGAACCUUCUGCUGUAAAUUUAGUUAGGACCUUUUAACGGUUGUGUACAAUUCAGUUGCAUAUAUCGGGUGUACGACUAAAGAACACAAUUUUGGAACCUUCUAGUUUACAUCAAGUGUACGUGGAGUCCGUUUAAUCACACAAAAUAUAACAGAGGUUGCUGAUUACACCCUCGAAGCAUCUAUCAGUCCGUUCUAUCUCUCGAUUUGGAGCUAAACUCUGUACAGAAUGAUGUCGUUCAACAUUAAGACGUAAAGACAAAAAUAACAAGCAUGGUUUUAACCCUGUUCUUACCCUCGAAUAGGCCAGCCACCAGCCGCCAGCCUCCUAGGUGUCGUCGAGUAUGUUUCUGUAGCUUUUGUUGGAGUAUUUAUCCUUUUUGCUUCUUUGUUUGAAAUGAUUGUGUAUGAUGGUUGGAGAGUAGAACUAAUUGCUGUAUCUGUGUAGUGUUAGCCAAACAAGGCAUUGUUGUAGAAGCUAUACUGAUCUUUUGCUACAUUGUAACCUAAUUUCCCACUUUGAGUUGGCUCAAAAUGUAUCUAUUUUGCAUGGAAUUGGAAGCUACCCUUUUUUAGUUGGGUUUGGAACUCUA